AUGGAAGGAGGAGCUGCGCACUACAAUCCUCGAACUGUCGAAGAAGUCUUCCGUGAUUUCAAGGCCCGUCGUGCUGGCAUCGUCCGAGCUCUCACCACCGAUGUGGAGGAGUUUUUCCAGCAAUGCGAUCCUGAGAAGGAGAACCUUUGCUUGUAUGGAUUCCCGAACGAGCAGUGGGAAGUUAACUUACCAGCUGAAGAAGUUCCUCCAGAGCUCCCCGAACCUGCACUCGGCAUUAACUUUGCCAGAGAUGGAAUGCAGGAAAAAGACUGGCUUUCCCUUGUUGCUGUACACAGUGAUGCGUGGUUACUCUCUGUGUCCUUUUACUUCGGUUCAAGAUCCUGUUUCGAUAAAGCUGAUAGGAAGCGCUUGUUCGGCAUGAUAAAUGAGGUUCCUACCAUAUUUGAAGCUGUAACUGGAAAUGCGAAAAAACAAACAAAGGAAAAGAUUUCUUUAGCAGAUCAAAAUGGCAACAAAGCCAAGUCAAACUCAAAAGUGAGAGGUUUAGAUGGCAAAAGCUCAAGGACAAUACAGGUGAAGGACGAGGAAGAAGGAUCGGAUGAAGAGGAUGAAGAUGAACACGGUGAAACCCUGUGUGGAGCUUGUGGAGAUAACUACGCUUCCGAUGAGUUCUGGAUUUGCUGUGACAUGUGCGAGAAAUGGUUCCAUGGGAAGUGUGUGAAGAUAACUCCAGCUAGAGCUGAGCAUAUCAAGCAUUACAAGUGCCCUUCUUGCAGCAACAAAAGAGCACGUUCCUAA